CUUGCUCAGGACCGUUGGGACUCGCAAUAGCACAGACUUGCAUCCAUUCCCCUCGACAGCCCCCUGCGCUGCGCCGAAGAGUCGUCUGCCAUCGCUGCGACCAUCCGCUCCCACGUGCCCGGCCGCUUGCCUGGGUUUGCAGCCACGAUGGCGUCGCCCCUGCAGCCGGAUCACGCUUCGGAGGAGAAGCGCGAGUCGCUGCAGCUGGAAGAGCGCGCGUUGGACACCAAGGACAUCCAGGCCAUCUCCAAGGCGGGGCAUGCCGCCACAGACGAUCAGGGCCAUGUGCUUGUCCAGUUCGACCAGGCUGCCGAGCGACGUCUCACACGCAAGAUCGAUCUUAGAGUGAUCCCAAUGAUGUCUCUGCUGUACGCCUGGACAUUUAUAGACAGAGCAAACAUCGGGAACGCACGAUUGAGCACACUGGAGGCUGAUCUUGGCCUGCGUGGACUGGAGUAUAACCACCUGCUCAGCAUCUUCUACAUCUUCUACGCUAUCUUCGAGAUCCCAUGCACGAUUCUGUGUAAGGUCAUCGGCCCGCAUCGCUUCAUUCCGGCGAUGGCAUUCCUGUUUGGGCUGGCCACCAUGUGCAGCGCCUUCGUCACCAGCUUUGGCAACUUUAUCCCCGUGCGCAUCGCCUUGGCGCUGGGCGAGGCGUCGGUCUUCCCCGGCAUUGCUUACUACUUUUCACGAUGGUACCGCAAGGACGAAAUGGCGCUGCGGCUCUCGCUCUAUGUCGUCUGUGCCCCUCUCGCAGGUGCACUGAGUGGACUCCUGGCCUCGGCCAUCCUGGUCAGCCCUUCGAUGGGCCCCAUCGUGGUUCGAUGGCGGCAAAUCUUCCUGAUCGAAGGUCUGAUUUCAAUCGUAGUCGCCGUGGCCACCUACCUUGUCGUGCCGGCCAACAUCGAGACCGCCAAGUUUCUCAACGAGGAGGAGAAGGCACUGGCACUUGCGCGCAUCAAGUCGGAAAACGUGGCCACCACCGAGGUGGUCGAGGGUCUAGAGCUCAAGCCGCUGUGGAAUGCCAUGAAGAGCUUCACCACCAUCACCAUCGCCCUCAUCUUCCUCUUCGACAACAUUGCCGCGCAGUCGCUGGGCUUCUUCACACCGACCGUCGUGCGCACGCUCUUCCCCGGCCGCACGACGGUGCAGCUGCAGCUGCUCACCGUACCGCCGUACAUCGUUGGCGCUAUCUCAACCGUGCUGCUCCCCUACCUCUCCGGACGCUUCAAACGCAGGGGCCCAUUCUUCCUCCUGGCCAGUCUGCUCAUGAUCCUGGGCUACGCAAUCUUCGUGGGCAACGCUCGCAGCGAGGUCAAGUUCGCAGCUUUAUUCGUCAGCAUGGCUGGUGCGUUUCCGCUUGGUGCCUUCUGCAAUGCCUGGGCGAUUGCGCAGGUCACGAGCGACAGCGCUCGCAACGGUGCCAUUGCGCUGGUCGUCUUCUUUGGGAAUUUGGGCGGCGUGGCUUCGACGUGGACGUUCCAGCCUUCCGAUGCCCCUCUCUAUCUGGGUGCUAACUCGGCAGUUCUGUCAUUUUCUGUGGCCAUCUUUGUGCUCUCGGCGGCGACUAUGCUCUACAUCUACCGGCAGAACAAGGCGCGCGACGAAAGCAGGUACCAAGUGGACGUGUCACACAUGUCGCAGGAGGAGAUCUCCCGGCUUGGCCCGCGUCACCCGGCAUUCCGUUACCGCCCUUGAUCCGUCGGCACUUGCACGGCGUCGGCCGUGGAGGGCUUUGCGAGCGCUCCUCCGCUGCGUGAUCUUGUGUAUACCAGAGUUGCUGAAUGUCACGGCGUGGAAUGGAGACGAGAGACGAGGGGUGUAGCAGCGGUGCACGCCAGCAGAUUUUGCCAACUAGCUCGUAGAGCGACUUGGUGGAGGAGAGACUCGAGUCUUCUCAAUGUCUUCAAUACGAGAGCACCCUAUCAUUUCAGGUUGCACUUGUACAGACGAUAGCAUGGAUUCG